AUGGAAGAUUGCUCGCAAGAAUGUCUACGUCGAGCAUUAUAUGCGGUUUUACUGGGAAUAUCGCCUAUUGUUAUAUGUCUUUUACUGAUUGGCCUCGUUCGAAUAAUGUUACAUGUUUUUGAAUUAGUUUUCUCGCGACAUCGAAAAGAAGGCAAUCGUCGUCGUUCAUCAUCCGCGUAUUAUCACAGUGGUCGACCUACUCUGCUAUAUACGCCGGUAUCUAUUACAGAAUUACAUCGUAUUAUUCAAGGUGAUUAUUAUAACCAACAGCCGCCGGAUUCAUCAUCGGCACCAAAUAUUGAAAAUAAUGCGCAUAAAACACCAAAAUUUAUCAAAUCCCUAUUAUCAAGACGUGAUUCACCACCACCAUCAUCAUCCGGCGCUAUAGCAAGUCUUAUCGGUCGUCGUCAUGGUAUUAAUGCGAUUCCGUUUACAGCAUUGCUGGUACCGGUUUCAACGCCUUCGACACCGAAAAUUGAAACAAUCAAUGAAAAAAUGACACGACAACAAAGUUGUACAUUUAUUAAAAAUGGUUCAAUUGAAAAAAUAUCAGAUACACCGCCGAAUCGUCAUUAUUUUAGUUUCGAUAGAUAUGAUUCAGCUGAAUCUGAACCAACAGAAAUUCAACCAUUAUGUUUAUCGCAAAUGAGAACGAUGUCAGCGACAGCCUCAUUGGCUAGAGAAAAAGAGGCUCGUGAAUUUUAUUCGGCUAGUUCAAUACCAUAUGCAUUCGAUUAA